AUGAGACUUUGGGUCUUGGCACUUUUAACAAUUCUCAUACAUUCCACAGCAGCUAAGUUUAGCAAAUCAUCCUGGGGCCUGGAAAAUGAGGCUUUAAUUGUGAGAUGUCCUAGGCAAGGAAAGUCUCAAUACCCUGUGGAUUGGUAUUACUCAAAAACCAACAAAAGUAUAACCACCCAGAAAAGAAAUCGUGUAUUGGCCUCGGGGGAACGUCUUAAGUUUCUCCCUUCCAAAGUCAAUGAUUCUGGAAUUUAUACUUGCAUUAUCAGAAGUCCUACCUUCAAUAAGAUUGGAUAUGUAAACGUCACCAUAUAUAAAAAACAACCAGAAUGCAAUAUUCCAGAUCAUCUGAUAUAUUCAACAACAUGUGGAUCAGAAAAAAAUUCCAAAAUAUAUUGUCCUACAAUUGACCUCUACAAUUGGACAGCACCUGUUGAGUGGUUUAAGAAUUGUAAAGCUCUUCAUGGGCCAAGGUAUCACAUACACAAGACCUUUGUGCUGAUUGACAAUGCAUCUAGCAAGGACACAGGUUAUUAUACAUGCAAAUUUAUGCACAAUGAAAAUGGACUCAAUUACAGCGUGACGGCAACCAGAUCAUUCGUCAUGAAAGAGGAGGAAAGCUUUUCUUGGUUUCCAGUAAUUAUAGCCCCUCCGCAAAAUGAAACAAAAGAAGUGGAAAUCGGAAAACCAGCAAACAUACUCUGCUCUGCUUGUUUUGGGAAAGGCUCUCGGUUCAUGGCUGGCGUCCGGUGGAAGGUGAACGGAACCAUAGUUCAGAACUUUGGUGAAGCAAGAAUUCAAGAGGAACAGGAGAAAAAUCAAAGUUUUAGCAGUGAGAUGACUUGUCAGAACACCAUUUUAAGAAUAGAUGAUGUGAGAGAGGAGGAUUUGUCCCUGAAGUAUGAAUGUCUGGCUCAGAGUUUGCAUGGUUCGAUACGGCACACCAUAAGACUGAAGAGGAGAAGUCCAAAUGACCAGCAAAACACCUACUACAUACUGGCGGGAUUUAGCACCUUGUUAAUGCUAAUCAAUGUCAUGGUGAUAACGCUGAAAGUGUUCUGGAUUGAGGUUAUUCUGCUCUGGAGAGAGAUAGCUAGACCUCACAAAACUAGGAAUGAUGGAAAGAUCUAUGAUGCUUAUGUCAUCUAUCCACGGAACUAUAAAAAUAGUCCCGAGAGGGCCAAUGCCGUGGGGCACUUUGUUCACCAGAUUCUGCCUGAUGUUCUUGAAAAUAAAUGUGGCUAUAACUUAUGCAUUUAUGGGAGAGAUCUGCUACCUGGAGAAGAUGCAGCCACUGCAGUGGAAAGCAACAUACGAAAGAGUCGGCGGCAGAUUUUUAUCCUGACUCCUGAGAUGGUGCAAAGCAGGGAGUUUGCCUACGAGCAGGAGAUCGCCUUGCACAGCGCCCUCAUCCAGAAUGACUCCAAGGUGAUUCUUAUAGAAUUGGAGGCUCUGAGCAAGCCCAGUGGACUGCAGUUUGGGCAGCUUCAAGAUUCCCUCAAGCAUCUCGUGGAAGUGCAAGGUACCAUCAAGUGGAGGGAAGACCACGUGGCCAACAAACAGUCCCUGAAUUCCAAAUUCUGGAAGCACGUGAGGUACCACAUGCCUGUGCCAUACAAACCGCCAGGGAAGACAACCAGUUUGGCUUCCCUGAGUGCCCAGGGGCAGUAA